CGUCUUCAAGUCUUUUAUGCUGCAAACUAGAGCACUUGGACAAAGAUCGAAAAAAAAAAAAAAUCUGCACCUGUCAGUCAGGCUCUGCUAUUGCCAGGGGCAGCUUGUCCCUUCAUUAAGAAAUUUGCAAAGCACAGGGACAAUGAGUGAAAAAAAAAAACUAGUUGCCCAAUAGGCAGGAGCCGUAUUCAUCCAAUAGAGUAAGCUGAGGCCGGUUGCCACGGAUAUCGCCAUCUGUUCCCUCCCCACUGGAAUGUGGAGCCUGCUGGAGAAAAGCUGGGAAGCAAUACAGUGUGGGUACGGAGACCUGCAGUGGGGAAAAUCCUAGGACUGACCCAGAAUAAGGACUAAUCCAGGAUUCCAUGCAGGACGCGGUCACGUCAUUUCUGGAUUCCGGAUACCCCCAGGCAACAGCGUACAGUGUCCCCGUAUCCUUCCCUCCUGGAAGCCGAUCUCCACUAGCCGAGACCAACUGGUAGAUGAGGAGAGAAGGAAUAAACAAAAUGAUUACACGUCGGACUUUCCCAAAACUGUAGGGAGAAGUCCAAAGCCUAAAGUACCACCAAAGCCUUCAGAUUUACCGCCCUCUCCAUCACCAUACAAGAACCAAUCUCCUAUCUGCAGAACCUAUCCUCGGGUCCGUUCCAGGAUGGAUGAAGGUUCCCCUUCGGCAGGAGAGAAGUCAAGCAAGAUCUCGGAUCUCAUCAGUCGAUUUGAAGGCAGUGGCACUGUUGAAACCAAAAACGAAAGUCCAGAUCUGAAUAAUGGACCUACUCAAAAGACUGUAGCUAAAGUAAUUCUCCAACCACGACCAUUUACUGAACACCCCCUUCUCCACAAACAAACUGUAAGUCAAGAAGAACCAAAGCACAAUGGCAUAGUAGGCCCUGACCUGGAGGAAUAUGUUGAAGCAGACACACUACCUUCUGCUGGAAAUAAGAUUGAGAAUGAACUCCUUUCUUCACAAUUACCUCAAACUCCAAAAUCUCCUAUUCAUGAUACAAGAGUUCCAACACCUCCAAAAUCUCCAAACAGGACACAAGCCUCUAGGACACAGGAUUUUCCACCAAUGGAUACACAAGAUUCUUUUCCUGGAACAUCAGAACUUUUCACUGAACAGAUCUUAUCUCCCUCAGAAGAAGCCGCAGUGCAGAAUCUUCUGAAUGGAGGACCCCAAACAUCUAGGGAUAAACCCAGCCAUAAGGGUCUUAUUAAUGAGGGGUACCAAGAAACUGAACUCCCGAGCAGAUUAUCAUCUGAGGAGAACGAUAUAGAAGGCAAUAACAGUAUCAAGUCCGUGUCAAGUCAAUCUGAUGAAAUCAAGGAAACAAAUGAGCAGAAACUUCAUAACAUUGCCAAUGAACUUCUACAGACAGAACGAGCGUAUGUCAGCAGGUUGGAACUUCUGCAGACCUUUAACAAAGCAUUAGAGAAUGAAGCCAAGAAAGGAUCUUUCCCAGUGGAUGUUCCUAACAAAAUAUUCUCAAACAUUAUCUCAAUUUACAAUUUCCAUUCGUCAUUCCUGCUUCCGGAGCUUGAGGGCAGAAUGAAUGAAUGGUCUAUCAGCCCCAGAAUUGGAGAUAUUUUACAAAAACUGGCACCAUUCUUAAAGAUGUAUGGAGAGUAUGUGAAAAAUUUUGAUAACGCUAUGGAAACGGUGAAAACCUGGACGGAGCGGUCGGCGCAGUUUAAACAUGUGGUUGAAGAAAUACAGAGGGAAGGAAAGUGCGGUAGCUUGACACUGCCGCACCAUAUGCUGGGGCCAGUACAACGGAUACCACGAUACGAGAUGCUCUUAAAGGACUAUCUGCGCAAACUGCCCGAAGACUCACUUGAUCGAAAGGAUGCAGAAAAGUCCCUUGAAAUUAUUUCAACGGCAGCAAUUCACUCAAAUACAGCAAUCAGGAAAAUGGAGAGUCAGAAGAAGCUACUGAUGGUAUAUGAAAUGCUGGGAGAAGAAGAGGACAUUGUCCACCCCUCUAGUGAGUUCAUAAAAGAGGGGCAGAUUCUUAAACUGGCCGCUCGUAACACGUCAGCCCAAGAGCGACAUCUCUUCCUGUUCAACAACAUGUUACUGUACUGUGUGCCUAAGUUCAGUCUGGUGGGGGCAAAGUACUCUGUGCGUACAAAGAUCGGACUGGAAGGUAUGAAAGUGGUAGAGACGCAGAAUGACGACUAUCCGUACACCUUCCAAAUCUCGGGCAAAGAGCGUACACUGGAGUUACAGGCCAGCUCUGAACAAAUAAAACAAGAAUGGCUCAAGGCUUUGAACGCAGCGAUUGCAGAAUUUCAGCAGCGGAAUGAAACCUUUAUAAUUGCAAAUGCUAAAAAAAUGGAGGAGGCGCCACAGGAAGUUCCUAGUGCUGAACUGGGUCUCCGAGCUCCAAAGUGGAUCCGAGACAAUGAGGUGACCAUGUGCAUGAAAUGCAAAGAGCAAUUUAAUGCGCUGACCAGGAGGAGACAUCAUUGCAGGGCGUGUGGCCAUGUAGUUUGUUGGAAAUGUUCUGACCACAAAGCCCCUCUUCAAUAUGACGGUAAUAAAAUGAAUAAAGUGUGUAAAGACUGCUACCAUAUAUUGCAAGGUUGUAACAACAGCGAGGAGAAAGAGAAGAAAAGGGGCAUACUGGAGAUUGAGUCUGCAGAAGUCUCAGAAAAUAGCGUAAUCUGCAGUUUCCUCCAGUAUAAUGAAAAGUCAAAACCUUGGCAGAAGGUCUGGUGUGUGAUACCGCAACACGAGGCUCUUGUGUUAUACAUGUAUGGAGCGCCACAGGAUGUCAAAGCCCAAGCCACAAUUCCUCUUCUGGGUUACAUUAUUGAAGAAUCACCCCGUGGAGUAGACUUGCCCUACAGCUUCAGACUAUCUCAGUCUAAAUCCAUACACAGCUUUUCGGCUGACAGUGAAGAACUGAAGCAGAGGUGGCUUAAAGUUAUCAAUCUGGCAGUAGUGGGGGAGACCACAAGUAACAGAAAUGGUGCUGUAGAUGGACACUUAGAACCUUCUCUGUGAUAAUGAAAGUUCUUCUUGGAAACCCCAAUGAAAUAUGAACACAAGCCUAAGAAAGUUCUUUAAAAGGAUAAGCCGAAUUUGGUUUACAGAUCUAACUACUGACCUGAGAUCGAAUGUCACUUAGCUUCCAGGUCACAUCUUUCUUCAGUGCCAACCAUGAAAAUCCAUAUGGCUAUUUUGGUGGUGAGAAGAAUACUUGGUGGACCAGUCUUGAUCAAUAAUUGGGGGGUCUAACAUUCACCAAAAGGAGGUAUCACUACAUGGCGACAUUUUAUGGAUCUUUAGGACUUCAAGAACAUCUCUGAUACAGAUUUCAAAAACAAGGUGAACGCUACAACAGUUAAAAGGACAACACCCGAAAAUUCCAGAUAAUGUUAUAGGAAAUCAAUUAUUUUAUUAAUAAUUGCACAAUCAGCUAAAAGAUGAAAUUGUAAUGUUUUACAGAUUUAUUCAUAGAGCGUGGAUGAGAAAAAUUUAAAGGCACAAUGGUAUGACAGAGAAAGCACAUGGGGACUUAGAGUGAGGUCUAACGUAUGCCCCAAUCCUAAACAAAAUUAUUGUAAAUUGAAAAGUCCUUGAUUUAUCAACUUUUUAUUUGCACUUAGAUUUUAUUUAUUAAUUAAAUAUUGUCCUUUGUAAUACACCAUCGCGACUGUCAUUAUGCUGGUGUUAAGAUGCCACCUUAAAGGCUUUCUCCAGAAUUUAAAAACUGAUGACCUAUCCCUAGGUGGUUUUCAAUAUCAGAUUGCAGGGGAUCUGACACCCCCAUUCACUUCAGUUGGAGCAGCACAGCAGUAACCCGCUUCAUCUACUACACAAUGGAGGGAGCUGUGUAGUUAUACUGCCUACUUCUGGCACUGGAGCUACUCCCAAACAGCUAAUCUGAAGGGUGCGGGGUGUCAGACAGGUCAAUUGUUAAAUUGACUUGUUUAACUAGUGUUCAAGGGUGGACAUUCAAGUUUUAGAGAACUCUCUACUGUCCGACACUAGUGAGGGUCUCCGAGCUCUAGUUUGAGCACCCCUUUGUUUGGGUAGUGUGAGUACCAGCUGAAAGAACCCACCAACUUUAUAGGAAUUUAGGUGGAAUGCCCCUUUAUUUAUUUUAUCUUCAUAUAAAUACAUUGAGUUGGUUUCAAAAAUCAUGUUUCUGUUCGAAUUUUUCCUCAGUUACCUACAUUUUUUGUUACGUGGGGGAAGGGGGCAGCCAUUUUGUCGUUUAAAGUGAAUAUUAGUAAUGGCUCACCAUUGGAAUGAUGAUAGUUCUUAUGAGGUAAAGGAACACACCAAGGCAAGACUGAUAUUGUGCUAUGUCUAGGGCAGAGGCUGAGGGGGUGGAGCAUGACACCGAUUUAACAAACCCUGUGUCAUGCACCGUUCCCUUAUUAAACGUAACAUAAUAUGAGUUGUACCUGUAGUGGGUGAUUUACCAGUGAGUGCAGGGUCGGUAAGUAAAUGGCUGCCAAACUGGUUCAGUGAUAUCAUCAGUCUGAAGUAAAGUAAUAGCAGAUGAGCAUUUACAUGGGCAGUACGGCCACUGCUCAUUUUUUGAGGCCAUUUAAAUUCUCUUUUAUAGCAUUCCACAACUGUUUCUGAAGUUAGAGGCCUAUAAAACAGUAUUAUUAUUAUUAUUAAAGGUGUAAUGCUUUAGAGACAGGCUAUGUGAUUUCUAGGGGGCCCUUGGAGAGACGAGGCCUAGCCCUGGAUGGUCCAUCUCAUGGAAAUUGUCCCAAGGUUCAUGGAAAAGACCAGCAAACACCUAGCUGUUACAUGACUGUGUGCACGUGCUAACUGAGGGAACUAACAUACAUACAUUAUACAUAAAGUACAUAUAUACAUAGCUAACAUACAUUGACAUAUGGACUGAUGUGGGAGAAAAUGUGUCUACAAUGUACAGUCAAUACUAUCACUGCAAAUAAAGCAAGCGUCUUCAUCUUUAAAGGGGUUAUCCCAUGACUAAUGUAAAAAAUUUAAAUCAGACAUCAUAUAGUACAUGACAAUCUCAACAAGGCUAGAACCACUAUUGUACCUCACAUGGAUCCAGAGA